GCGCCCCAGACCCCGGCGCAGCUCGAGGAGCCCGCCUGGGCCAAGCCCAGGUGCCCCUUCUCGGACAUCUUUAACACCAGCGAGAACUCGAUGGAGAAGCACAUGAACACUUUUCUGCAGAACGUGCAGAUUCUACUCGAGGCCGCCAGCUACCUGGAGCAGAUCGAGAAAGAAAACAAAAAAUGUGAACAUGGCUAUGCCUCAACGUUCCCCUCCAUGCCGAGCCCUCGGCUGCAGCAUUCAAAGCCCCCACGGAGGCUGAGCCGGGCACAGAAACACAGCAGCGGAAGCAGCAACACCAGCACUGCCAACAGGUCUACACACAAUGAGCUGGAAAAGAAUAGACGAGCUCAUCUGCGCCUGUGUUUAGAACGCUUAAAAGUUCUGAUUCCACUAGGACCAGACUGCACCAGGCACACAACACUUGGUUUGCUUAACAAAGCCAAAGCACACAUCAAGAAACUUGAAGAAGCUGAAAGGAAGAGCCAGCACCAGCUUGAGAACUUGGAACGAGAACAGAGAUUUUUAAAGCGGCGACUGGAACAGCUGCAGGGUCCUCAGGAGAUGGAACGAAUACGAAUGGACAGCAUUGGAUCAACUAUUUCUUCAGAUCGUUCUGAUUCAGAGCGAGAGGAGAUUGAAGUGGAUGUUGAAAGCACAGAGUUCUCCCAUGGAGAAGUGGACAAUAUCAGCACCACCAGCAUCAGUGACAUUGAUGACCACAGCAGCCUGCAGAGUAUUGGGAGUGACGAGGGUUACUCCAGUGCCAGUGUCAAACUUUCAUUCACUUCCUAGAACCCAGCAUGACAUAACAGUGCAGGGCAAAUAUUCACUGGGCCAAUUCAGUCCACACAGUCUCUUAAAUUGGGUUCAUGAUGCAGUCUCCUCUUUAAAACAAAACUAUACUUGAACAAAAGGGUCUCAAAAGACCUGUAUUUAAGCAAAUACAUAGCAAAAAGUGGGGCAGAGCCUCCCCAGCAUAAUAAAUAUCCAUAAUGUUCGUAUUGGGAAAUCCCAGUUUCUAAUGGCAGCAGAAAACUUGUGUGAAAUUUCCUUGAUUUAGUUGAUUGAAAAGAGGACAUUGGCGAUUCUGUCGUCUUUUUCGUUUUCUAGUUUGCUCAUACUGCAUUGAGUAGACAUAUUUAUGGAUGGGUAAUGAACCCUUCCUGAGCUUUAUGGUCUUACAAACAAACAAACAAAAUCAAACAAUGUCAGUGCUAAUGUAGUCGUGAGAAGACGAGAUGAAAUCAGGCAAUCUUGGAUAGCUAAAGAGCUAUUAAUCACUUCCGCCUUGAACAGCUUAUCACGAAGCCUGUGGAUGAUCAAUUCUUUUUUUUUUUUUUUUAUAAAAAGUUCAUUUCAUGCUCUGCAGAAGGAGAGAUUCCCAUGAAGCCUGUUGAAAGGGAUCAUCAUGCAGCUCAGCUUUCUGUUGGAUUCCAUGCUAAGCAAGCUAACCUUAUCCUGCAUUGUUAGCACUAGGGCACCAAACCGCCAGCUCGCCACCCUCCCUAGGCCCCUGGGCAGCAUGGGGGGCAGUCAGUGCAUAACAGCCUCUGCCACACGAGCCUGUGAGUCCGGACUGGGGGCCAGAAGGAAAUGCUCCACGUGCCUCUGCAUCUGCGUGGGCCAGAAGAGUUUUGCAAGCAGAUAAGCAUGCCAAGGUCUGAGCCAUGGCAGCAUUUUUAUUUUAGAUUUUGAUAACUGUUUGUAUGUGUUGAAACCAAAAUGACAUCUUUUUAAAAGCUUGUCCAUAAAAAACAUAGAUGUCUUUUAUAGUGGAAAACACAUGGGGAAAAUCAUCUAUUUUGAUGCAGCAUUUGAUAAUGAUAAAACUCCUCACACCUCACUCUUUAUAGUGCACAAAAUGAAUGAGGUCUGGGCUAGGUAGAAAAAAGGUCAAUGCUAAUGUUUUUGUUUUCUUUCAGAAUCAUUACCCUUUACCAGCUUUUAACCAUCUGGUAUCUAUAGUAGACUAUCAUAGUUAACAUAGCUAAGUUCAGCAAUUGUCUCAUUUUAGUGUAAAGAUUUGCUUCCAUUUUCCUACAGGCAGUCUCUCUCCUUCCUCACAGUCCCAUUGUGCAGGUGCUAUUGUUGCUCUUAAGAAUAUUUUCAGAAAUGUUAUUUUCUUUGAAGUGAAAUUUCUAGCCUGCACUUUGAUGUCAUGUGUUCCCUCUGUCUUUUAAACUCCAAGGUUCCCCUGUUUCCCUCUCCCUUACCCCAGGAAGCCUUCUUGGAGACCUUGCCCCUGGCUGUUUGAACUUUGUAUACUUUAAAUAAUUUAACUACCCUUAAUUACUUUAAGAGAAAAAAAAAAAAAAAAAAAGCUUUAUGAUUUUCAUAACUUAUUGCUGUUUUUAAUGGGUUGUUAAUUUCAGUCCUGUAGUUGUAUUUUGUGUUUUAGAUAGGGCUGGGCAAGGAAAAAGAAAAUAAAGACAACCAUAUUUAGCAGUGCAGUUGAGUUGUGUGUUUAUGUUAGACUGUCCUUUGUAAGUAGGGCUGUAACAGCAUUUUCUGCUUCUAUAUAUGGAGUGUACCAUACAUAAGGCCUCAGCAUAUACUCACAUGUUCUUGUGCUCUUCCUGUGCCUCCAGAAAUAUUUUAUCCUUGAUUUGUGCUAUGUUUGAGUGGAAGAAUUCUUUGAAGUAGAUGUGUGUGGAAAACUGCAUGCCUUUAGAAGCCCAAUAUUUAAACUUGCUACUUCAGGUGCUGGAGACCUAAUGAAAAACAUGACAAAUUCAUUUCUGUGGCCCAGGUAAAUUUUCUCUGGUGUCAUUUAUAAUUACUCCUGUCCAGGUCAAGAUGUUGCUCUAUAUAUUUGCUUUAUUUUGACUUUCCCAAGUGAGACACAGUUUGAGGACUGCUCACUACCAUGGAAAGUAAACGGAAGCUAGCACUAAGCUUCUGUUUUGUCAUUUCUGUGGCAGUCACUUGUGUCAUUUUGUCUAGGGCUGGAAUUUGGGACUUCAUUCAGGUGAACUUGAGGUGCUGACAUUUUGUUGUGUUUGUACAAGAUGAUGGGUUGGAAAGCCUUUCUUGCGAACCUAUAGUAUGUAUUUCAACUGCCCCCUAAAUUUCUCCUUCCCUAGGUUUGUUUUCCUUCAGGAGGGUGGGAGGUGGAUUAUACCAUGAGUUCAGAAGUAUUAAUUUUUUAAAGGACAAAUCAACUUUGAAGAUACAAUUAACUGCAAGAAAUAAAAAUUGUGAAUGAAGAA